CAGCACUGCAACCAGCACGUCAGCGAGCAGCACAAGUGGCAGCAGCACGAGCAGCGUCACUGUGACCAGCCUGUCUAUGACCAGCACAAGUGGCAGCAGCACGACCAUUGUCACCACGACUGUGACCAGCAGCACCGUUUUGACUAGUACGAUUGGCACAACAAUGAUCAGCUCAGCGCUGGCGUUCUCGUUGCUGAAGUUUGGCCAGGUCUGCGCAGACUUCGGGACGCUGGACGUGACUGAAUAG